AAAGUGUCUUCGCACCGCGGACCAUCGCUACACAAGCACCACCCGCUUCCGGAACCUAGCCCACCAGAGUCUGCACCGUCUGCACCGUCUGCACCGUCUGCACCACCCACACCAAAUCACCGGACCACUCCAACCAAAGAAUACUUUCACGGAUUGUUUCCUCUCACAACAGAUUGCGAACACAACCAUGAUGUCGACAAGUGCAAGCAAUCGGUUCGCGAAGUCUUUGCUGCUGAACGCGUUGCAUCGAUCGUCCCCACGAAAGCCCCUUCGGCAUUCACUCGCGUCUUUCUCUGCCCUCGAAUAUGCUCCAGGAGCUGAAAGAAGCGAUGUUGCACGCAACAGAGGACUCGGACUCGGCUAUUCCUUUUAUUCAACAACCCGUCACCUAGCCGGGAAGAAGAGAAUCGAAAAAGAAUUCGAGUACGAACCCCUCUUCCAGUCGAAUGUUUACGAUACGAGCUUGGAAGCAAACGCGGAGACAGAAUUCGUGCAAAUCUUGCCACCCGAGGGACACGUCGAAACCGUCGUCGUGGACGGAGAAGAGUACCUGCGCCUCGUCGAUCCAAAACGCACGCUGUCCGAGUUGUCCGAAAGAGCCUUUGGAGACAUUGCACACCUCUUGCGUCCGAAGCACCUGGGCCAGUUGCGAUCCAUCCUGGAAGAUCCCGAAGCCUCCAAAAACGACAAGUUCGUGGCUCUGGAACUCUUGCGAAACGCCGACAUUGCCUCCGGAAGGAUCCUGCCGGGAUGCCAGGACACCGGUACCGCUAUCGUUAGCGCGAAACGUGGCCACCGAGUCUUGACCGACGGUGACGACGAAGAAUACCUCAGUUUGGGGGCCUACCAAGCCUACAAGAACCUGAAUCUGAGGUACUCGCAAGUUGCGCCCCUGGAUAUGUUCAAGGAGAAAAACACCGGAACAAACCUGCCGGCACAGAUCGAUGUUGCGGCUGCCAAGGGAGACGAAUACAAAUUCUUGUUCAUGGCAAAAGGAGGUGGUUCGGCCAACAAGACGUUUUUGUACCAGCAGACGAAAGCUCUUCUAAACCCAGGGAGUCUCGAGGAAUUCUUGGACAACACGAUCAAAAGCAUUGGAACCUCCGCUUGUCCCCCCUAUCACCUGGCAAUUGUCGUCGGAGGAUUGUCGGCCGAACUCAAUCUGAAGGCAGUCAAGAUGGCAUCCACCAAGUUUUACGACGAUCUUCCCACGACCGGAUCGGAGGGCGGAAGGGCCUWUCGCGACGUUGAGUGGGAAAAACACAUCCUGAAAAUGACGCGGAACAUGGGAAUCGGGGCACAAUUUGGUGGCAAGUACUUUUGUCACGAUGUUCGCGUGAUACGCUUGCCACGCCACGGUGCCAGUUGCCCCGUCGGAAUCGGUGUGAGCUGUUCGGCCGAUCGACAAAUUCUUGCCAAAAUCAACAAGGAUGGGGUAUUCGUCGAGCGUCUGGAAACAGAUGUCGCCAAGUACAUCCCGGACGUCACGGAAUCCGAUCUGGCGAACGACGACGACAACGACACGGAGGCUGUGUCGAUCGAUCUCGAUUCCAUGUCCAUGACUGAAUUGCGGGAAACCCUAGCCAAGUAUCCAACGAAAACCAGGUUGAGCCUGACGGGAACCAUCGUGGUGGCACGAGACAUUGCCCACGCCAAAAUGUUAACAAAAAUUGAGUCGGGCGAGGGGUUGCCCGACUAUGCCAAGAACAAUAUUAUUUAUUACGCUGGGCCCGCCAAGACUCCCGAGGGAUACGCUUCCGGAUCCUUCGGUCCGACUACCGCCGGAAGAAUGGACGCCUACGUCAAAAAAUUCAUGGAAAAUGGUGGAAGUUUUGUGACCCUGGCAAAAGGAAAUCGGAGCAAGGCUGUCACCAAUGCAUGCAAAAAGUACGGUGGGUUUUACCUGGGAUCGAUCGGCGGUCCCGCCGCUAUCUUGGCCAAAAAUUGCAUUAAGAAUGUGGAGGUUCUCGACAACGAAGAGGACGGGAUGGAAGCCGUUUGGAAGAUAGAUGUCGUCGAUUUUCCCGCCUUUAUUGUUGUCGAUGACAAGGGUGACGAUUUUUUCAAAGAGUGGUUGGGUUGAAAAAUGGAAUAAGGAAUCCAUUGACUUGCUGAAGUAAGAUUUCAACAGGCUAGAAUCUAUUUUCAAUGAUAAAUAUAACUUUACAACUUGAGCAACAUUUGGGUGAUAUAUUCUUCACUGGACUAAGAACCUCCGUAGACUGUUUUUAUUUCCUCCUUGAUAUAUAAUACUUCUACUUCUCAAUAGAGUUUCAAUAUUUUUCCUUCGAAUGGCUUCUUGUUUACCCGAGCCGUUUCUCGCGCCACGAUCUUAUUGUAUCUUGGUGCACCCUUGACAGGAUGUUCCCAAAACCGCUGACUUUUCCCGAUGGUAAUCAAAGAUAUAGGUGAAGGAUUGUGAUACACCAUCGCAGCAACGUCAUGGUCCUCGUGGCCUUCGAGAUACCCACCUUUGGCUACUCUGAUUUUUGAAAAUGGCGCCUCUUCCGCAACAAAGGCGGCCAAAUCCGCAGACAUCAAAUAACACUGCCCUGCUAGAUAAAGGUGUACCCCAUCAUAUUCGGUUCCCCAGUGUGAUUCGUACCUAGGCAUGUCUGCUUGGUUGUGUCCUAGUUUCGAGUCCUUGAAAUACCACGGCCGCUUGUCUCGGAGGGCACCAGCAAAAAUAUUCUUGUUGUAAGGUGCGGGAGGCAAUCGAUUGUGCGCAAAUUCCAAAAAGUCGUGCAACUUCAACAUUGAAUCGCUGUCGAACUUAACAAUGUAGUCUAUAGGCGUUUCUGUCUUUUCAAAGUGUUUGGCCAUUUUGCUACCAAAAUAGAACCAAGUAGGUGAUUUCCCAUCAUUCAUGUUUUCUCUACGGUACAGUAUGCAACAAGUGAGUUAGGAUGCGCGAGAAUCAAACGACAAUCGUCAUAGCAAAGAAUUCAUGUGAUGCAAUUUGCAUUCAAUUCAUUCCGCGUCUUACUUACCGGAUGUUCAGAUGCGUAACGUCGUCCCAGUUGAUGUCUUCCUUCAUCGGACUUUUGUAUCCACCGGGCAAUUCGAUAGGAGUAUCAACGGUGUCGAAUUCCUCUAGACGUUCGGUCGGGGCGUUUGGAUCCUCAUUGGCUCCCGUAACAAAGGUAUAAAUCAAUUCGCACUUUUUUUGAAAAUCAAUGUCAUCGCUGUUACGGAAUUGAUUCAAAGUGCACACACGGUCGUCCUUCCAUACAUUAUUGAACAAAUUACGGUGCCAUUUACGAUGACUUGCAUCAAACAUAUUAUCGCUAGAAAAAAUACCCAUCAGAGUUCUUGAAUUUCUCAAACGACGAAUGGUUUCAUCGUCGUCGUCAGUCAGAAGUUUCCGUCCAACUUCCAAAGGGAAUUUUUCCUCUGUUUCUUCUUUCGUUUGUCGUUGCGACGACGAGUAAAACUCAGGUGGUAUCAUAUCAGACCCAUCCAAGUUUUCAUGUAUAAUUCGGUUUGUAUGCGAUGUGGAAAUCAUUAAGUUAUUGAGGAACAAGGCACCAAUGGCUCCCAUAAGGAUCAAUCGUAGCUGAGACGCGUUUACGACGGUCCCGGUUGCCCGCCCCAGUCUGUUGCUCAUACUUCCAGAAUUCGUUCUCGUUGUUUCUAGCACUGGCGUUCUUGCUGUGUUAAAGUUUAAGUAUAAGUCGUGGCAUCUAUAAAUGGUGAUUCACAUU